AUGUAUAUGUCGAACUGGGAUAAUGAUACUCUGUCCUUCAAAGGCGAAAACUUUUACAAUUAUAACUCUUUUGGCAUUAGUACCUCUACAGAUGGUAUAGUCAUUUCAUUUUCAUCAAAUUUUGUUAAUGAAGGGUUUAUGUAUAUUUGGAACAACGAUGUGCAUACUACAUUUGAAGGACCUGAAUCAGGAAUUAUUAAUAAUGGUGUCAUUACGUUCGAGGAAACCCCACCGACGAUGUCCCCUUUGCUUGGUACAGGAUGUACUGAAUUUGACUAUGGGGAUCAGAUAACUUUUGAUGUUUCGGUCCCAUUCAAUCAAACUCUAUAUUUCCGCCCUGAUCUUCAACGUUUACAACUAAAUUUUACUGGACCACCUUUACCAGGUAACAACAUUGUACUUCGAGGGUUUUCUGCAACAUAUAGCAGGCCGAUUAGUGUGGAUUAUUAUCCUGAAACCACAGAUCCUGGAUUGUUUAGUUAUGCUUAUAACAAUGUGACUGGGAUACUAAAUUAUAUGACACCGGGUGGUACAUUCAUUUUCGAUAUUGGAACUGGGUUUAACGAAAGUAUAUUUGAUUUGUCUAAACCUGGUACUAUCACUUUAGGACUGCUUAAUGUAGCACAAACGGUACCCUCAAACUGCCCAGCAGAUCCCCAUAUUACAAAUGGUAAUUUGUUACCCUGUGGUGAACCUGGCUCACUACCAGACCCCGUGACGGUAGUUUCGUCUUAUUAUCAAUACAAUAUAACUGAGGUACUUUCAUAUUAUUCAACUACAGCAUCUGACAGGUUACCUAGUACCGCGACAAAUGUCUCAUAUUAUAUUCCGUCCCUUAGUAUCCCUCCUCCUUCUACUACUACUGUUAGCUAUGACGACUUUCUCGAAACCUUAUUGAUUUCCUAUUACGCGACACCUCUCACAUACAUGGGCUUGACAAAUGUACCAUUUAUUAGAUCAACAUAUUAUACAUUAAUUGCAUUUCCGUCGCCAUACACCACAACACUUACAACAGACAGUAUGACCGUCUCGGGAGUGGUUUCAUUUUACACUACUAGCGAUAGUUUCAACUCGUUUACUGCUUCCUCAACUUCAUAUUUCACUAAAACUAAAAAUGUCACCACUACGGUGACAGAGUAUCCUAUGGGGACAAUUUACCCAACAAGCUGGAUCUCCAAGCUGGUUAGUGGAACCUCAACAACUACUUAUUCCACUUCAAUAGAGACAUAUGUUGUGAAGACACAAUCCUGA